UUUUGAAGAUACAGUAAAAUAAGACAAAAAGAGCAAGCAACUCGACCGACGAACAUUUUUGAUAUGCCGAGAUUUUAAGGGCCUUGCGGAAGUGCUCCACAAAGAGACAAGGUUGCAUAACAUUGGGAACCAGUUAAAGUAAAUAUCAAAGUGAGCGUUACCUGCAUAAGUUCAUGUAGAGGAGGAUGAAGACUAUUUGGGAAGAAGAAAAACACUCUUACUGAGAAUGCGGCAAACAAGCAAACAAAAUGUUCUCAGGAUGGUUUUAUUAUAUCAAGUGGUACAUUUCAUUUUAUUUGCCUCAGUUUCUGGUGACUGUGUGACUGAGCUGUUGACAGACACCUGCUUCGAAGGAGGAGACAUCACUACCGUCUUCACGCCAAGUGCCAGGCAUUGCCAGCUCGUCUGCACCCACCACCCACGCUGUUUGCUUUUCACCUUCGUGGCUGAAUCGUCUUCUCAAGAUCCUACCAAAUGGUUUACUUGUAUCCUGAAAGACAGUGUAACAGAAACACUGCCAAGGAUGAAUAUGACAGGAGCCAUUUCUGGAUAUUCUUUCAAGCAAUGCUCACACCAAAUAAGUGCUUGCAACAAAAAGGUGUAUGUGGGCUUGGACAUGAAAGGCAUGAACUAUAAUGGCUCGAUCGCUAGGAAUGUUCAGGAAUGCCAAGAGAGGUGUACGAAUGAUGUGCACUGUCACUUUUUCACAUACGCAACAAGCCAGUUUCCCAGCGCAGAGCAUCGUAACAUUUGUCUCCUGAAGUACACCCAAAUGGGGCUACCAACCAGAAUAAUGAAGCUUGGUUCAGUGGUGUCUGGAUUUUCCUUGAAAUCCUGUGCACUUUCUAACCUGGCUUGCAUUAGGGACAUUUUCCCUGGUACGGCGUUUGCAGACAGUAAUAUUGACAGUGUCGUGGCUCCAGAUGCCUUUGUCUGUCGCCGCAUUUGUACUCACCAUCCCAGUUGUUUGUUUUUUACCUUCUUUCCUCAAGAAUGGCCAAAGGAAUCUGAAAGAAAUCUUUGUCUCCUGAAAACAUCUGAAAGUGGAUUACCGAGUACACGCAUUAAAAAGAACAAAGCUCUUUCUGGGUUCAGUCUGCAAAGCUGCAGACACAGUGUCCCAGUGUUUUGUCACUCCUCAUUUUACCACGACACUGAUUUCUUGGGAGAAGAACUGGACAUUGUUGAUGCGAAAGGGCAUGAAGCUUGCCAGAAAAUGUGUACUGACGCCAUACGCUGCCAGUUUUUUACCUACUCCCCAUCUCCAGAAUCUUGCAACGGAGGGAAGGGUAAAUGUUACUUAAAACUUUCUUCAAAUGGAUCUCCAACUAAAAUACUUCAUGGGAGAGGAGGCAUCUCUGGAUAUACAUUAAGGUUAUGUAAAAUGGAUAAUGUGUGUACAACCAAAAUCAAACCCAGAAUUGUUGGAGGAACGGCAUCUGUUCAUGGCGAGUGGCCAUGGCAGAUAACUUUGCAGAUCACGUCACCCAGCCAGAGACACCUGUGUGGAGGCUCCAUCAUUGGAAACCGGUGGAUACUAACAGCUGCUCACUGUUUCGACGAGGUAGAGUCGCCUAAAAUCUUGCGUGUCUAUAGUGGCAUUCUAAACCAAUCAGAAAUUAAAAAGGACACAUCUUUCUUUGGGGUUCAAGAAAUAAUAAUUCAUGAUCAAUAUGAAGUGGCAGAAAGUGGGUAUGAUAUUGCCUUGUUGAAACUGGAAACUGCAAUAAAUUACACAGAUGCUCAGAGGCCCAUAUGUCUACCUUCCAAAGGAGAUAGAAAUGUAAUAUAUACUGAUUGCUGGGUGACUGGAUGGGGGUACAGAAAGUUAAGAGGCAAAAUACAAAAUACCCUCCAGAAAGCUAGCAUACCCUUGGUGACGACUGAAGAAUGCCAGAUAAGAUACAGAAGGCAUAAAAUAACGAAUAAGAUGAUCUGUGCAGGCUAUAAAGAGGGAGGAAAGGAUGCUUGUAAGGGAGACUCAGGGGGCCCCCUGUCCUGUAAACACAACGAGGUCUGGCAUUUGGUGGGCAUCACCAGCUGGGGAGAAGGCUGUGGUCAAAGGGAACGGCCAGGGGUUUACACCAACGUGGUUAAGUAUGUGGACUGGAUUUUGGAGAAAACUCAAGCAGUAUGAAAGAGUCCCCACAUGCCAUUUGACACCUGAAAGGCAAACCAGAUUAUUUCUGGGAGGAGGGUUUUGAUUGCACCGAAGACAGAGGCUGGGCUGCCAUUUUCCUCCAUAGGUUAUGGUGCUGAGAUAGUAACGCAGUGAAGGGGGUGGGUAUUUGUGAGAAUGUGCCAAGAGAAACAAAUGAUCAUCUUCAAAACUUCCAUUCUAUGAUAAUCGUUGUUUUCAGCAUCCAGUCUCUUGGUUUUUGAUCACAUGUUACUGGGCCAAAGAAAUACUCCAUGGUGAUUUUUUAAAAAUUCAAGUAUUGAUAUUUUUUAAGAUUCAAGAAUCCAGUUGUGGCACCAGAGGCUCCGAUAGAGCUGCCAGAAGCAACCACCAUAAAAAGAUUCGUGAAGUGAGAACUGGGAGCUGGAGAAAAUGGGGACAAGGACAGUUACCCUCAUUUUGCAAGAAUCUGUGCUCUGCCUACAUGAACAUCUUUCUUUUGUGAAAGAAGAACUUGACUGGAUUCAACGGCUGGUUUUCAGAAUAAUCAGGAAUUUUUGUCAAUUCAAUUUUUUUUUUUUUUAAGAGGGAGAGAACAAUGGGUGGA